UACAAAUUGGGAAGAAGUGUUAAAAGUGAGCGCUGGAAAAUGGUCCUCUCUGAGAGGUGUGGAUGUACCAGGAUGUAGCUGCUGUACAAAGUUUAUCUUUGGAUAACUCUGGACAGAGAUAAACCUCCAUUGCUGACCUCCUGAAGAGGCCAUCCUUGUUCAGGCCCCAGCAUAAUGAAUAGUUUCCAUCACGCGGCGCUCAAGCUCCAACCUCCCAACUACAGCAUCCCACAAAAGAGCUUGUACGAGUUACAAAGAAAGUAAUUCUUGUUAAAGGCAUUAAACCAAACAAAAGAGGCUCUCCAUUCACAGACUUUACAUGAGAACAGAAAUAGAAGGAAGUUGAAGCUUUUCUGCUCCUCCGUCGGUGUGCUCACGUACCAUGGUAAAUCUUUGUUGGGUUGCCGCCGGAGCAUAGUGCCUGGAAGCCAGCACCACCAGGAAGGGGCGGCCAAGAAGAAGCCGUCCAUGGAGUGAAGUACAAGAGCGAGAGAGGAAUUUGUUUGCUGGAUAUCCUCAAGCACAAAAUUUACCUUUAAAUACGACUUUGAAGAUCAGAACUGUAUACAAAUCUCGUCAUUCCUGACCAUGAUUACUGUACCCUGGAGCGUCUUCCUAAUUUGGACUAAAAUAGGGCUGUUACUUGACAUGGCACCUUAUUCUGUCGCUGCCAAAUCAUGCCCAUCAGUAUGUCGCUGUGAUGUGGGUUUCAUAUAUUGUAAUGAUCGCGAUUUGACAUCUAUUCCUACAGGAAUCCCAGAGGAUGCUACUAACCUCUUCCUUCAGAACAAUCAAAUAAACAAUGCUGGGAUUCCUUCAGAACUGAAGAACUUGCGUAGGGUGGAAAGAAUAUUUUUAUAUCACAACAGCCUAGAUGAAUUCCCCACUAACCUCCCUAAGUACGUCAAAGAACUGCAUUUGCAGGAGAAUAAUAUAAGGACCAUCACUUACGAUUCUCUCUCACAAAUUCCUUAUCUGGAAGAACUGCAUUUGGAUGAUAAUUCUGUUUCCGCUGUUAGCAUUGAAGAUGGAGCUUUCAGGGACAACAUCUAUCUCAGACUUCUUUUUCUCUCUCGAAAUCACCUUAGCACCAUUCCCUGGGGUUUGCCUAAAACAAUAGAAGAGCUACGCUUGGAUGAUAAUCGUAUUUCCACAAUUUCAGAGCUGUCCCUUCAAGACCUUACAAAUCUAAAACGCCUUGUUCUAGAUGGAAAUCUUCUAAAUAACCACGGAUUAGGAGACAAGGUCUUCAUGAAUCUAGUCAAUCUUACAGAACUGUCAUUGGUUCGCAAUUCACUUACAGCCGCACCAGUAAAUUUGCCAGGAACAAACCUAAGGAAGCUUUAUCUUCAAGAAAACCAUAUCAAUCAUGUGCCACCCAAUGCUUUCUCUUACUUAAGGCAGUUGUAUCGACUAGAUAUGUCCAAUAACAAUCUCAGCAAUUUACCUCAGGGUGUCUUUGAUGACCUGGACAACAUAACUCAGCUGUUUCUUCGCAACAACCCUUGGCACUGUGGGUGCAAAAUGAAGUGGGUCCGUGACUGGUUGCAGUCAUUGCCUUUGAAAGUGAACGUACGUGGGCUGAUGUGCCAGGCGCCGGAAAAAGUGCGCGGAAUGGCUAUCAAAGACCUCAACGCGGAACUGUUUGAUUGUAAGGAUGACAUGAGCACCAUCCAAAUCACUACUGCCGUGCCCAACACGCUGUACCCGGCCCAGGGACACUGGCCGGUUUCUGUGACCAGACAACCAGACAUCAAGACUCCCAACCUAAACAAAAACUACAGAACCACGGCCAGCCCAGUACGCAAGAUCAUUACAAUAUUUGUGAAAUCGGUGAGCACAGAGACCAUCCACAUCUCCUGGAAAGUUGCGCUGCCGAUGACAGCCUUACGGCUCAGCUGGCUCAAGAUGGGCCACAGCCCUGCCUUUGGAUCUAUAACUGAAACCAUCGUGACGGGGGACAGGAGUGACUACCUGCUUACAGCGCUCGAACCAGAGUCGCCGUACCGCGUGUGCAUGGUCCCCAUGGAAACCAGCAACAUCUAUCUCUCUGACGAGACGCCUGAGUGCAUCGAGACUGAGACAGCUCCCCUCAAGAUGUACAACCCGACAACCACGCUCAACCGGGAGCAGGAAAAAGAGCCCUACAAGAAUUCCAGCGUGCCUCUGGCCGCCAUCAUUGGUGGCGCGGUGGCGCUGGUGGCCCUGGCUCUGCUGGCCCUGGUGUGCUGGUACGUCCACAGGAACGGGGCCCUCUUCUCCCGGCACUGCGCCUACAGCAAGGGGCGCAGGAGGAAGGACGACUAUGCUGAGGCGGGCACCAAGAAGGACAACUCCAUCCUAGAAAUCAGGGAGACUUCUUUUCAGAUGAUACCCAUCACCAACGACCAGGUGUCCAAGGAGGAGUUUGUAAUACACACCAUCUUCCCCCCUAACGGCAUGAAUCUCUAUAAGAACAGCCACAGUGAAAGCAGUAGUAACAGGAGCUACAGAGACAGUGGUAUUCCAGAUUCAGAUCAUUCACACUCAUGAUACUGAAGGACAUGAAAGACUGGUUUGGUUUUGGUUGGUUUGUUGUUUGUUUUUUUUUAAAAAAAAAUGAGAAAAGACUGACUUUUAACGGUUGCUGUUCUACUGCAAAACACUGGAUUAAAGACUGACAAAGCAAUGUACUGUACAUUUGCCAUAUAAUUUAUAUUUAAGAACUUUUUAUUAAAAGUUUCAAAUUUCAGGCUACUGCUGCGAUUAAUGUAGUGGGGAUACCUGACCACAAUUCUAUAUUUUAGUAUUUUUUAGUAAUUUGUACUGUAUUUUCCUUGCUAAUAUUGAAGUUACAGACCAUUUAACUUUUGUGUUCUACUGAGUAAGAUGACUUGUUGACUGUGAAAGUGAAUUUUCUUGCCGUGUUGAGCAGUCAGAACAUUCAUCUGAGAUCCUUGUAAGUGUAAGCACAGGCCAUUUUUCACUUUGGUAUUAAUAAAAUAAUGUUAAACCUGGCAAAUCAAGAAGAUCAAGAAGUGGUUGCAAAAACUCACCGAACUUAAAUGUUGGGGCUAUUAAAUCUGUAAACCACAACAAUAUUCAAUAAACAAAAAUGCGUGUAGUAAUGGGCAAUAUCAGCUGUCUGGAUAUAUCCAUCCAACAAUGGUGAAAUCCAGUCUAAAAAGAAAAUAAUCAAAUCGAUUACAUGCAUGAGACUGAAACUGUUGGCAUGUGCAAAGAAAAAACUGACCCUUGGAAGAAAGCGUAACAAAAUUCCUAACAAGGAAUUCUAAAGAAAUGCGCUAGGCUCCAGUAACCAAGGGGUGGAUAGGGUGUAACGCUAGAUUUCUGGUUGUCAACACCAGUGGUCUGUUUGUUAGAGAGAAAAUGGUGAUGGAUGGCCACAGACAUUUGGAAGGCAGUGGCAGGGGGACUGGGAGAACACUGAGCAACUGGUCUUUAACAGAAGAAGGGCUAGAAGUACAGUUCCAUAAGGAAAAGAGGACGAAAAGCAGGCAAUGCAAGCAGCGUCUCACAAAUUUUAGUCACCCACGUAAAAAAAAAAAAUUGGGGAAUACAGCUAUUUUAAAGCAUAUACUCAAACAGUAUAUAGGUAUGCAUUAACCGUACUGCCAUUACAGUCAGGAAUACUGCCCAUUACUGUCACAGUUUUCCAGAAAUUCCUUGCUAAAUCUGUAAAGUAACGUUUCUUUCUGCCUUCCUGCUGAACUAUACGCUAUUUCAUGUUUAAACCCCAAGCCACACUUUGUUGCCAUAAUCAUUUGUCUUUUCAACUAAGAACCAAAGUGCAUUGUACGCCCUUUGGCCAGUCUUGUAUGUGCCUUGAUCCAACACUACGUGUAUCAAGUUUUUUAAAACAAAACAAAAAACCCUAAAAAAAAAAAAAAUAAAAUACCCACUUUUUCGUACGUAACGUUAAUAUGAAAAACAUUGGUCUCAUUGAUGAAUAAAGUUGAAAAAUCAGUAGAAUAACACCACACGUCUGAGGUGUACUGGCAGGAAAGCCACUCAGAAGCUACUACUUUUCAGGUCCUGAGUUUCACCUUUUUCUUUGUUCAAUGCAGUAUCAUAUUUCCUGGGUUUCUGUAUUGUUGAUUACUUUGAUAGUAAGUUUUAACAACCUCCAAUUGUAUCAGCAAUGAAAGGAAGGGAAAUUACAAUUACAGCUUUCAGAUCUUUUUCAACAAAACCACCGAAUAAAAAGACAGAGGGACAUACAAAUGCUUAAUAUUUUGGACAUAUUUGGACAGGAAAGAAUGUAUACCAAAUGCAAUUCUGUUUUAAGAGUAUUUUAGCAGUGCUCAGCCUCUCUGUUUCUCCAGGAGUGGUAAAGGAUGGAAGGUGACAGGAAGAAACUACAGGAGAUGCCAGUACUGAUGGUUUCAGCAGUCACUCAACAAAUGACUCCUGCCAGAGGUCCAUCUGCCUGCACAGACACCAAGUUGCCAGUAACAGACAGCCCAUUUCAGCCUCAUUUACCAGAUGUGGCCAGAGAAGUUCCUCUCCAAGCCCUCCAUGCCCCAGUUUCCAGUUUUGGGGAAGUGGAAGAGCAGCUCUGCGCUUCACCACUGACCUCUGCUGUACGUGAAACAUUGGCUGGAUCCACAAUGCCAAUGUACCAGGGGCACGUGAUGCUGAACCGCUCUGUGCAGCUCUGGGAGGUGCACUCAGCAGGACUAUUCUGCUCUAUUUUCUCAUCAGGUACAAAUCUGAAGGGUGAGAAAGCCAAGACUAAGCAUGUGGAGGCUCAUUUCUUUCUGGAAAACCAAUGCAGACAGAGAAGACGGACCUGCUUUUCUUCAUGCAAACAGCAUACUGGGACCCUUAUAUCUGAGAUGCAUUUAAUGGCUGGUUCAGUGGCAGCAGAUUACUAUUCUUUGCCAUCAGCUCUCCAACAGCAAAAUCAAAAAGGUUUUGCUGCAUUUUCAAGCUGUUGAUAUGAAAACCUCUCUUGUAGCUGACUCGAAACACGUACUGUGGAAAGUAUCAAAGAAAACCCCAUCAAUACUCUUCCUGUACCUCCCCUGGGGUCAGCCAGAGGCAGCUUAGUAACGCUGCACACCAUCUACCUGCACUUCUUGGGUGAUUCCACACAGACAUCCUGAGGGCUAGAAGAAGACGCCAUUUGAGGAGAUAGCUGCAUGUCAAUCUUAAUUACAAGGACUUCCCUUAUAAAAUGUAUGUAAUAUGAGACAGUAAUAUGCAAAUCCACAGCAACUUCAAAAAGCUGGCCCAGUUGUUCCAGGUUUACCUCCACCAGAAAGCAGAUGAGAACCUGGGGAAACGAUGCCAUGCCCUACGGAAAAGCAGACCAGGUUUGCAGGCAGAGCUGGUAUCCUCCUACAGCAGCUGUUGUCAGUGGAAAAAACACAGCACAUCUAUGCAUACAAGAUCUUCCUCAAGUUCUCUGCCAACUUUUAGAAAACACGCAUAAUAUGAAGCUGUGUUAAUUUGGCAAGUGAAAGAUUCGUUUCAAACUAAAGUCUGUAUUAUUUUUUCUUUUGAUAUUUGCAAAAUUUCUGCUUUUUGUCAUGACCAUCUCUCAAGAUUUCUACUUAACAUAACGCUCCAGUUACAGCAUGCAGUACACUCUAGCACCAGUACGAACAUCCAUUCAUCCAUUCUAUUAGACAGCUGUAUAUUCAGACAAAUCAGAUUACUUCAUUUAGCAGUAUACUCAUUUAUCAAAGUAAAAUUAAUCCACAUUAAAUUUAUCUCAACUUUUAAAAUCCAUGUUAUUUCAGUGUGCUGUUAAAUAUUUAAUUUUAGAGCAAGGAGUGAAAUUUUUUUCAGAGCCUACGCCCCUGUUCAGAGUUAACUUAAUCAGCAUCUUCCAUGUUAAAAUACUAUGCCCAAUAUCUUUCGUGUUCUUUCUUAGUGCCCCCUUUCUUGAUUUAUUCUGCUCUCCUCAAUUGCUCACAGUUCUGUUUCAUCCUGAAAGCUGACACCAAAAAAAAACCAGGUACUUUGGAAGCCAUAUUAAUUUUGCCUCAUCUCAGUCAUUUCCGUAUCUACGUUUGCUUCAUUUUUAAGCUAUUAUUUCCUAACUCUGUACAACAGCCUGAAACGCAACAACUGUUGGGGUCUGGGGUUGUGUUUUUGUUUUUUUUUCCUGGCUUUAACAGUACCACAAUCAAAGCAUUAUGGCUUUGGAUCACCGUUACCAAUUCUGCUAAUGCUCUAGCUAGCUUGCAAGCUAUAUUGUGCCAAUGCUGUACGUAUUGUGUAGAGCAGCAAAUGCAAUAAAGCAAGAAUGAAAGUAAUAAAAAGCCUUAUUUGCUAUUAAAAUAAUUGACUGAUAAUAUAACGCAAUGAGCACAUAUAUAGAUUUCUGUCUUAAGUAAAAGGGUAUAAUUUUGUGUGUUCUUCUGCAACUGCAGUUGGAUAACAUCUUCGAACAUGGCCUGGCAAAUGCCACCUACCUCUAUUUCUCCAAACCAGAUUAGUUUUGGUUUUGGAUGGAGCCAUCACUCGCUUGGAUAUCAUCCGCUUUCAAAACAGCUUAACCUUACUUUCAAUUCCACCGAGGCACGCUCACGGCACAGUGUUUCAGCAUCACCUUGGGAAUGAGCUUUGUUUAAUUAACUGUUUCCUAAGUGUCACCACAACAACAAGCGUCAAGCCACAGGCCCGUGCUUACCACAACUGCAGUUUUUACAAAGCAUCAAGUGACUCCGUAACUGGGAAGUUUCUUCUUCCACACCAUCCAGCAGUGGUUCAUCAGAAAGAACGAUGAUUGACUGAAUCCAGACAUGAAAAUUUUAUGCUUUAAAGUCUAUUUUGUCUUUGUAAAUGAAUUUGAGGGAUGUUGAAGAGCUCUACUCUACCCUAACAAUCAAAUUAGAGUUGUUUCAAACGCUCUGAAGAUAUAACCAUAUAUCAAGUGCGGACACGUAAUCUUUUUUUGGUGAACGCGCACACUGGAUUUAUUCUCAGUAGUAAAUCAUCAGAUUGUUUCCCAAUCCUCAUAAAAAUGUAGAUAAAAACAACGUGUCUCAGUAAAACAGCUGCACAGCACCUAAUUCAAAGCAACCCUCAGAUGCCCUUUACCAGCAUCCAUCAGGAUGCUCGUUUUCCUGCAGCUUUAAUGAUUGCUGGGGAACAUUCAUACCCCAUGUGGCAACCAAAGCACUUCAACAGUACGGACGUUAGGACAAAUAACCAUCCUCUAGCAGCUCCUGGGAUUGUCAGGGGUCCAAGGUGCAAGCAGCCAGCAACUCCAUUCCCCUUCCAAGGUGGGGAUGGCAACGGCCAGUAGAUGACCAGCAGUGCAGCAUCCCACCACUCCAUGCACACCUCUAAUUAAGCCAAGGUUCAUCAGAAGCUACCUCUGAAACCCAAAGAACAGGAUUUCAGGACCGAAGCAUAUCAGCAGACUUGCAUCACUUAUUGCUGCCUCUUUGUUUGCUUAGGAUGGAAACAGAACGGAGCCAUGGUAUAAAACCUCCCAAGACUGCUAACACCACCGAGAGCUGAAAACACUUUUUGAAACCUGAAUCCAGACCUUUCAGCUUAGCAAGCGCACUUAUGAAUAAGAUAUAAAAAUAGAAGUGUCUUAAUAAGGCUAAUUAAAUAAUCUGACUUGUCGAAGCGGGCUGAUAGCAUCCAUACAGGCUGAUGCUCUGUCCUGAGCAGCCCUCUUAAGUCCCCAAACCAAGGAGCAGGUCAGAGCCGAGUGCUCACCCCGUGCGGGACUUAAGCAGUGCCUAUCUAUAGCCACAGCCAUGGAGGGUCUGCUGCUCAAAGCAAGGGGCUGCCCCCUGCUCUUCAAUCAGUAAGAACGGGAGCAUCAUUUACAGGAUGGAAUUAUCUACCGAUGAUGCAUAACUGAACCUUUUCGUUUAAGCUAAAUAUUUUAAAAGACCUGUAAGAUCAGAAAUACACGCCCCAUUCAUGUAAUACCCCUCCUCUCCUGGGCUUUGUCUCUGAUAAUAGCCCACCUGGCAACUGGACUGCCCUGUGAAAGCAGGUGUUUGCUGGGGGGGUGGGGAUUUCCCUUUCUUUAGGAGCGUUUUAUUUUGGGGCGUUUUUUGUUUUGGUUUGGUUGACUUGGUUUUCUUAACUGGCAUGCAUAAUUUCAUUCUCAGUCCUCCAGUUUAAUUCGACAUGGAAGUGAGUUGCUUAACACUUACCACACGUCAGUGCGUGUAUACUUGGGGUGGUGAGGGAAGGUAAAAUAACACGCCACAAACUUCAGUUUCCGGGCUCUUACAACAAUGCUUUUCAGGCUUUUAACGGUUGUUUUUCCGCAGAUUCAAUGGGAAAGUAAUGAAAUAACUUUUCAAAAAGUGAAACCUGUCCAGGAACGCAGCUGUUCUGACAAGGAAGAGGAUUUAGGAAGCCACUUUGUAACUCUAACUCCAUUAGUACAUGCAACACCCAGGGCUUCGGCCCUUUUAGACAGCUUGGAGCACACGCUCAUCCCCUAUGUUAAUUAACAACAUUAAUUAACAAUGUUAAUCAGAUACAGAAGUUAUUCACACUGGACUCCUCCAGUAAGAAACUGACUCCAAACAGCUUAUUUCUGUUUCCUGAAGUUUGGACAGCACACAGGAGCGUGGACACCUGCAGAACCUCCAUUUGGUUGCAGUUUGUUUACCUGGUUUCAAUGAUCUUCACAAAUAAGCACUGAGGACGCUUAUUUUUGAAACCUGACAGAUACUUGACUGCCCAUAGGGAACAGGAGCUCAUUAACAGAGAGAAAGCCAAAUCCUGGGGAAGUGCUAACCCAGCGAGUAAACACAAUUUUAGGGCAUUAGCUGAUCACGCUGAGCCUCUGUGCCUAAUGUCUGAAAAGCAUUAAUUUUGCUGUCGCGGCACCUUCAUGGACGUUACCCAUCCUGCCCACUAAUAACCUCUGCAUUUCUCCCCGAUGUGGUAGGAACAACAGCGAUAACAACCUGCAGCCCACGACACCAGGAACCUGUAUCCCCUCAUCCUGCUCAGCUCCCCAGGCUCUCUGCUGAGCAGGGUCUGGCUACGAGGGAGUUUGUGCUGGUAUCUCCAAGGGUCAAGAUGGUUCAGCACUACCACGGCUGCAGCAGCCUUUAAGAUCUUCCUAUUUUUUCUCUUUUUUUCCUUUUUUUUAAGUCUUUCUUUUUAAAUUAGGCUCAUUAAGAGAAUUUGCUCAGUAAACACGACCAAUUUGCAUAUAAAAACCUCUUCACUGCUAAUUGCACUUAUAUACAGUGGAACAGGCUAAGAUCUCCUUCAAGAGUAUGCUGUUCAGUGCCAGGAAGGCACAUCCCAGCAUAUUAACCCUGGAAAUCACCAGCUGUUACCCGACCUUACAAAUACAUCGUGCUAAGGAAAAAAAAAAAUGAUAAUAACAAUCAGAUAUUCCUAAGAAGCCACUCUGAACGCUGCCUCUAAGAAUUCUUAGGCAGAGGUUUAAGGCCACAAAGUAGUACUUCUACUUCUCAGAACUGAAUGAUGCCAAAAAGAAGAACAGCCACUCGGUUGCUGAUGGCAAUGGCACAGCCCUCAGUAAGCCCUCAGGUCUCUAAUGGCCAUCCGGCUGUGGGACCCGGCACGUGCUGGGGCUGGCCUGCCCCCUGCAUCCCUCAGCACAGAGCAAGGCACUGAGAGGAGCCUGCUGCAACCUCCAACAAGAAUACUGAUGGCAACCCUCCCAAACCGUGAGAUCUACCACUACGUUACACUAGGCCUUAAAAAAAAUCCCCCCAAAACAAAACAAGUGACACAGCCUUCAAGCAUGGAUGUUGUGAAGUAAUGCCCAGCUUCAGCUGCACAAGAAAUGUUGAAAUGUCUGUUUGAAUUCAUACCCAAUCCUAGCUAACACAGACACGUUUUCUUUAAGGCCUUUUCUUCCUCCGGGCCUCCUGAUAGAUUUCAAUACCCAUUCUACAUUGAAGUAAAGAAAUGUCCGAGCAGCACAGUUUGUCAGUGUCUCCCUGUGUAUCAACCAACUGACUUCUUUAAAAAGCAUUUGUAUCUUUUCAGUCAUUAAGUAUUAAAACCAAAAUAUGGUUUGCCAAUUUAGCUUUUAGGAUGCUACUGAGAGGAGGAAAGGGAAAGGAAGAAGAUCCAUUAAACUAAGAUGCUAAUCAGGGGAAAAAUCAUGCUACA